CUGAGAAAGGCCGUCUGAUGGCUCUCCUCUUUUAGCUCUGCUGUGGAAUCCGCCGAGCUUCACCUCUGAUGUCCAAAAUGCACCGAUCUGAUGCCACUGUGGAUGAUGCAGUGUUGCGGAAAAAAGAACAAAAAGAUGUCGAACUGGAUAAGAAAAUCAUAGCUUUGCGGAAAAAGAACGAAGCCCUUAUGCGAAGAUAUCACGAAAUAGAAGAGGACAGGAAGCGAGCAGAGCAGGAGGGAAUGGCUGUCACUUCGAGGAAAGCCAGGCCAGACGGCCUCACCAUCACCAUCACCAAAGCCCAUAAUGAGAAAAGAGUCGUGAGUGAGAAAUGGGGAAGCAGCGGCCCUCCUGCCUCCAGUUUUGGGAUCGGAAGUGAGGAGGAGGAAGAUGACGAGGAAUCUGAUCACUUGUUUACAUUCAGGAUGGGGAAGAGGGUUCAGUUGGCUGUUACCAUGGACAAUAAAGCCAAGGGAAAGCGGGUUGUGAGUGAAAAACGAGGAUCAGAGUGUCUUGUGAGCCCAGGGGAGGCCCCAGACAUCAGUGAAGAAGAGAUUGAUCAGUUGGUUGCUUUCCGCAGGGGAAGAAGGAUGCAGAUUGCUAUUACAAUGGACAACAAAGGCAGGGUGGAUGAAAAGAGAAUGGUGGAGAGGAGGUGGUCAGAGGGUGACAAGCAUUCAGAGAAUGUGCUUGUCAGAAAGGAGAGAGGAAAAUCUCCCCAGAAGAGCCCAGUGGAUAAGGGCUCUACCCUGACCGGGAGAGAGCGGUCAGAAUACAUGCGGUGGAAGCAGGAACGGGAUCAGAUUGACCUGGAGCGACUGGCACGCCACAAGAACGCAAGGGGGGAAUGGCGGCGCGCUUGGGACACAGAAAAAUCAGAGCACAUGUUUGAUGAUACUAAAGAUGGAGAGCCAGCUUUGGAUUGUGUCCACAACAAGAAAGGAGGAAGAAGUGCCAGGAAGUCCCAGCACCGAUCCUUGCCUUCUGAAGGAAAAAGUGGAGGUCAGCACAGAAGAAGCACCAGUGAGUCUGCUGCCAGAACAUUGCCAGUAGUGAGCAGUAAAGCCAGAGGGAAGGACAGACUAACAGGCAGAGCCAGAAGAUGGGAUGCCAAGGAAGGUGAAGAAAUGCCCUUUGUAAAGGAUGAACCUGAUAAGCAGAGAUCCUCAAGCAACGAGCAACUGAAAAAGCAAGCUCUGGCUAGUGAAGCAGUCAAGGAGCAUAACUUCUCAGCAGGCCUAGAGAAUAAUAUAAAGCCCCCAGAACCGAGUGCUCCCUUGCCUCAAGCCCAAAGAGAUGAAUGGAACCAAUCUGCAGGUGGAGAGCAGGGUGCAAAUGAAAAAGCCAGGAGGUACCUAACCCAGGACAUGUCUCCCACAAUUAGUGCAGAUGAGACCGGAGCAGAUCUCAAACUCAGUAAGUCAGUAACUGGGACUGAUUUGUCUCUCAAGGGCAACUAUAUGAACAGCAGCUCUUGUCAGGGAGUGCCUGGGAAUGUGGUGCAGACUUCUGGGUACAACCUUCAAGAAAUCAAUUCCAUAGUCUAUGAAGGUGGCUUAGACAAAAGUGCAUAUUGUGAACAGAACCCUUGUGGGGAGCAGGCAGGAAACCAUAGUGAGCUGUUGAACAAGGAAGAAGGAGGUGGUGAAGGCCAAGGGCUGAUCACAGUAGGACAAGGAGAAGAGAACCAAGUUGGUGGCCUCCAGAAGGAGAUAAUCCCUGCAAAGGAAAGUGACGCUGCAGCCUGCCUUGUUCAAAUGGAGGAGUCCAGGCCUCCAUGUAAAGAAAUUCCAGACCCGAUGAAUGAAUUUGUACAGGAAGGGGCACAAAUGAGGAACAAGGAAGAUGGCCAACCUCAGUUGUGCAGUAACAAAACACAGGAUUAAGACCGAACACACAGGGCUCCGUAGAGGUCAAAGGACAACGUGCUGAAGCAAAUCUGGUUGCAAAAGAAGAUGAGCACAAUCUCCCCCUCUGACGCUGACCUACAGCACCUGGCCUUCAGCUCCCAGUGACUCCUCCCCCUGCAGGUGUUUGCCUGUCUAGAAGCCACUUGUGCCCUGAAAUUGCCUAUUCGGUGCCGAAGGACAGAAAAGGCCUACUUACAAGCAGCCUCCUGAGGAGAAAGGAAAGGAAAUCAUGGCACUUGUAUUUUGUACCUAACUCCCCCCCCCCUAUUGUGGGCAUGUGAUGGGCCAUGUGUUGUCUACUGUAUGCACUUUAUUUUACUGAAUAACUAAUGAUAUUUAUAAGUUGGGUUUGCUUUGAAGAUAAUUCCCCUUAUUUUUCUCCUCAGCACUGACCAACGGAUCUAUUCUUUUGUUGCUUCCAAAACCAAGUGGCAAACUUUACAGAGCCUCUGGCUGGGCUUGAGUUUUAUGGAUGUUUGGCCAGUUAGAGACAAUUAAGAAGAAACCAUUUUCUUAACAAUAAAGGUGGCUGAGGAGAUAGUAGAUCCAGCAGCCAGGAAGACUGCAUUGUGGCUUUGCACAAGUGUGGCAGAAUGAUGAGAAGGGACCGGUGGUGUCACAGGUUCCACACAAUUUAUGGCUACAAGUUCAUUGAGGUUUCUCUAGAAUGCUUUCUCUCUUCAACCUUCCUGGUUUUGAACUCGUGACUACCAUGAACUUCCUCGUUUAAUACAGGAAACAGUACUCCCUUCCUAGGUAUUUUGGCUCUAAGAGGAGGCAGCUCCUCCUCACUGCCGCCUGUUCCCUUGGCCUCUCCCUCUGAGGGUAGAGGGAAAGUCGAUGGUCAUGUGUGUAUGAAGGAAACAGGCAAAUUGUUAUCAUUCCCAAUAGCAAAACAUCCAGACUGAACUCCUUGAUUUUGGCUACACUCCCAAAUCAAAACAUUCGUUAUCAUUCCCAGAUAGCAAAACAUCCAGACUGAACUCCUUGAUUUUGGCUUCACUCCCAAAUCAAAACAUGGUGGAAGAGAAACCAGAUGUGCAAAUCAGAUCAGACAGCACCGAGAUAUGACCGUGCCGGUUGUGUGUCAUUUCAGUUGCUGGCCUGCAGGGUUCCCUGUACCUGGGAAAUGGUAUUGCAGCAUAAUUCCAUAAAGCAGAACAAAUUUUUUUGCAAAGCAUUGUCUCCUCACUUCUAGGAUAUGAUAGGAGCCAAUUGCACUUGAGCACCAGGGUUCUGUGACACAAUCUAGCUAUGUGUGAGAAAUGGCUGGCAGAGGCGACUCCAAGCACCAGCAACAAACGUCUGCAUUAUGGACUGGCUCUCCCCUAACAACCCAAUGGGCACAAUCCAGCUGAAGUUACACACCAUUGCAGCUCAUUGAUUCCAAUUAUAACGUUGAAGAAUGUGCUCAGCACUCCUCUCCCAGGAAAACAGCGGGACCUGACUCCAGAUCACUUAUUAACUUGCUCAUAAGUGAUCGGGAGGAAGGGGUGAGCAGGGAAAUGACCAGGUUUGCUGGCAACACCAAUUUUUGUUCAAGUUGGUAAAAACAAAAAGGGAUUGCAAGGAGCUCCAGAAGAAUCUGUCUGAUUUGGGUAAACGUGCAUUAAAAUGGCAAAUCUGGUUCAACGUAAGCAAGCGUAAAGUGAUGCAUGCUGUUUGCGGCAAAAAUUCCUAACUUUACAUACGUUUUGGCAGGGUCCGAGUAAGAGGAAACUAACGAGGGGGAAAAGAUGUAAGCUAUUGUGGAUUUUGCAAUGAAAAUGUUGACCCAAUGCACAGCAGCUGUGAAAAGGUGACAUCCAUGCUGGGGACAAUUAGGGAAGGGGUUGAAAAUAAAACUGCCAUUAUUGCUAUGUCCUUAAACUAUUUUAUGGUGGGGCCACGCCUGGAAUACUCUGCGUAGUUCUGGCCCCACAUCUCAAAGAGGAUAUUGUAGAGCUGGAAAAGGGCAACUAAAAUUAUAUUAGUUCUGAAACCCCUCCACGGAACCGGGGCUUUUAAAUUUAGUAAAAAGGAAAGUAAGGCCGGGCAGGAUAGGAUAGUUUUGUAAAAUUAUGCAUUGUGUUCAGAAAGUGGGUGUAAGUUUUUCCU